AUCAAAUGCGCAGGCGUCAGGGUUGCUGCAGUCGCCGAAUAUUGCGCAUGCGCGCAUAACACAAAAAAGACCUGGAAGUUUCGCUGCCGGAAGGUUAAAAAUGACAAGGAAUUUGCCUACGGGAUUCUCGAACAGAACACGCCAGUUUUGCUGUCUCUGUCUAUAUAUUUAAGAAUUGGAGCAAGGGAUUUACUCGAUCUUCCUUCCUGUUCAGACUGUUUGGAGGGAUUCACUGGAUCAUCUUACCGACUGGCAUGCCCGUCAUUUUACACAGGGGGGAACGCAUUCAUCUUCUCAGACAGUGGGAAUGGAUUCAGUCGAUCAUUUAAACUGAAGGUACAUCAGCAAGUUCACACUGGGAUAAGGCCAUUCACCUGUUCUGUGUGUGAGAAGGGAUUCAGUUGGUCUUCCCACCUGUGGACACACCAGUCAGUUCACACUGGGCAGAGGCUGGUCAUCUGCUGAAUUUGUGGGGAAGGAUUCACUCGGUCAUCUGACCUAACGGCUCACCAGCGAGUUCACACCAAGGAGCGGACAUUUACCUGCUUAGACUAUGGGAAGGGAUUCAUUUCAUCAUCUCAACUGAAGGUACAUCAGAGAGUUCACACUGGGCAGAGGCUGAUCAUCCGCUGAAUUUGUGUGAAGGUAUUCACUUGGUCAUCAAAGCUGAAGGUGCAUCAGAGAGUUCACACUGCAGAGAGACCAUUCACCUGCUCAGACAGUGGGAGGCGAUUCUCUCAGUCAUCCACGCUAAUGGCUCAUCAGCGAGUUCACACCAGGGAGCGGCCGUUUACCUGCUCAGACUGUGGGAAGGGAUUCACAUGGUCAUCUCAGCUACUGAGACACCGGUCAUUUCACACCGGGGAGUGGCCAUUCACCUGCUCAGACUGUGGGAAGGGAUUCACUUUGUCAUCUCAUCUACUGAACCACCAGUCAGUUCACACCGGGGAGUGGCCAUUCACCUGCUCAGUCUGUGAGAAGGGAUUCAGUUGCUCAUCCCAACUGAAGGUACAUCAGAGAGCUCACACUGGGGAGAGGCCAUUCAUCUGCUCAGACUGUGGGAAGGGAUUCACUCAGUCAUGUAAACUGAAGGUACAUCAGAGAGGGCACACAGGAGAGAAGCCGUUCACCUGUUCAGUCUGUGGGAAGGGAUUCACUUGCUCAUCUAAGCUGAAGGUUCAUCAGCGAGUUCACACCGCAGAGCGGCCGUUCACCUGCUCCGACUGUGGGAAGGGAUUCACUUGCUCAUCUAAGCUGAAGGUACAUCAGCGAGUUCACACCGGGGAGCGGCCGUUCACCUGCUCCGACUGUGGGAAGGGAUUCACUCGGUCAUCCGACCUACUGGUCCACAAGUCAAUUCACACUGGGGAGAGGCCGUUCAUCUGCUCGGACUGUGGGAAGGGAUUCGCUUGUUCAUCUCAACUGAAGGUACAUCAGAGAGUUCACACUGGGGAGCGGCCAUUCACCUGUUCAGUCUGUGGGAAGGGGUUCACUCGGUCGUCUAAACUGAAGGUACAUCAGAGAGUUCACACUGGAGAGAGGCCGUUCACCUGUUCAAUCUGUGGGAAGGGAUUCACUUGCUCAUCUAAACUGAAGGGACAUCAGAGAGUUCACACUGGAGAGAGGCCGCUCACCUGCUCAGAGUGUGGGAAGGGAUUCACUCGUUCAUCAGACCUACUGGUCCACAAGUCAGUUCACACGGGGAAGAGGCCGUUCACCUGCUCAGACUGUGGGAAGGGAUUCACUUUCCCAUCUCAGCUACUGAGACACCAGUCAGUCCACACCGGAGAGAGGCCAUUCACCUGCUCAGUCUGUGGGAAUGGAUUCACUCGGUCUUUCCAACUGAAGAUACAUCAGCGAGUUCAUACUGGAGAGAAGCCGUUCACUUGUUCAGACUGCGGGAAGGGAUUCACUCGAUCAUCCACCUUAAUGGCACACCGGCAAGUUCACACUGGUCAGUGGCCGUUCAUUUGCUCGGACUGUGGGAAGGGAUUCACUUUAUCAUCUCAGCUACUGAGACACCGGUCAGUUCACACCGGGGAGCGGCCAUUCAUCUGCUCAUUCUGUGGGAAGGGAUUCAGUUGCUCAUCCCAACUGAAGAUACAUCAGCGAGUUCACACUGGGGAGAGGCCGUUCACCUGCUCAGACUGUGGGAAGGGAUUUACUCAGUCAUCUAAACUGAAGUUACAUCAGCGAGUUCACACAGGAGAGAGGCCGUUCACCUGCUCAGAGUGUGGGAAGGGAUUUACUCAAGCAUCUAAACUGAAGGCACAUCAGCAAGUUCACACUGGGGUGAGGCCAUUCUCCUGCUCAGACUGUGGGAAAGGAUUCAGUCAGUCAUCUCAACUGAAGGUUCAUCAGCGAGUUCACACCGGGGAGCGGCCAUUCACCUGCUCGGACUGUGGGAAGGGAUUCACUUGCUCAUCCCAAAUGAAGGUACAUCAACGGAUUCACUCUGGGGAGCGGCCAUUCACUUGCUCAGACUGUGGGAAGGGAUUCACUCGGUCAUCUAAACUGAAGGUACAUCAGCGAGUUCACACUGGGGAGAGGCCAUUCAAAUGCUCAGUGUGUGGGAAGGGAUUCACUCAGUCAUCUUUUCUGAAGGUACAUCAGCGAGUUCACACUGGAGAGAGGCCAUUCACCUGCUCAGUGUGUGGGAAGGGAUUCACCCAGUCAUCUCAACUACAGAGACACCAGCAAGUUCACACUGGGUAGAGGCCAUUCACCUGCUCAGACUUUGGGAAGAGUUUGUCUCAGCCACAUCAACCAAAUGUGCAUCCUUGAGUUCACAUUGGGGAGAGGCUGUACACCUGCUGUGAAUGUGGGUAGUGAUUCGCUCAGUUAUCUAUCCUUUUGACACACUACCAGUUUCACACUGGGGAGAGGCCGUUCACCUGCUGUGAAUGUGGGAAGUGAUUCAUUCAGUAAUCUAACCUCGUGACACACUACCGGGUUCACACUGGGGAGAAGCUGUUCACCUGCUGUGAAUGUGGGAAGUGAUUCACUCAGUCAUCUGACCUUAUUUAACUCUUGCUUUGGCUAGCAGCAUAAUAUAGGGCCCCAGCCCGGCCAAACUUAAGAAAUCUUGUUUGGGUGGACGCUGCAUGAUGUGUCCCGUUAUAAAUCAGUAUCCCGAAAUAACAAGCUGUACACAAUAUGCAAUUAAACGAUUGAGCUUUAUAAUUUUUACUUUGACUGUAAGGUUAAUGAAGUUAACAAAAAAAAAACAAAAAGGGCCCACUCUCUCCAUUCGCGUCUUCUCAUCUCUCCCGGCAAAGGGCUGUGAAAAUCUCUCUUCCAGACUCACAAGAAAGAACAUUUCUGUCAUUGGAUAGCCCCACUCCUCAGUUGUGAGUUUGUGCCCUCUGUUAUGGCUAUACCCACCAUGCGAAAAAUCCUCUCCUCACCACCCUAUCCAGACCUUUCCACAUUUGGUGGGUUUCAGUGAGAUUUAACACCCCCACCACCCGCAUUUAUUAAACACAAGUCAGUGCAGGAGUACAGGCCCAAGGCUGGCAAAUGCUCUUCAUAUCUUAACCCCUUCAUUCCCAGAAUCAUCUUCUUGAACGUCCUCUGGACUCUCUAACGACAACACACCUGUGUGGCCUAAGUAGUGUCUUAUAAAGUACCAGUAAUAUCUCCUUGCUUAUAGAUUCUACUUCACUUUAAAUAAAUGUCAGCAUUGCAUUUGCCGCCUUUACCACAGGCUCAACCUGUAAGUUCACCAUCUGGGAGUCUUGUCCGAGGACUCAUAUUUCCUUCUGUAUUUCUGUUGUUUGAACCUUCUCCUCAAUCAGAUCACUAUUGUUCCUAUUGUUCCUUUUGCCAAAUGCAUUAUCGUGCAUUUCCCAAUAUUCCAUCUGCCACUUUUUGCCCGUUCUUCAAAUUUGUCUGUAUCCUGCUGCAAUCGCAUUGCUUCCUCAGCACUACCAAUCCAUCCACCUAUCUUUGUAUCAUCCGCAAACCUUGCCACAAAGCCAUCAGUUCCAUUAUCCAAAUCACUGACAAAGAAUGUGAAAAGUAACGGACCAAUUACUGACCCCUGAAGACCACGAGUCACCGCUAGACAACCAGAAAAGGCCCCUUUUAUUCCCACUCGCUGCCUCUUGGCUGUCAGCCAUUCCUCUAUCCAUGCCAGUAUCUCUUCUGAUUUUUAUUCUGUUAAGCAGUCUCAUGUGGGACCCCUUAUUAGAUGCCUUCUGCAAAUCCAAUUAAAUUAUAUCCACAGCUUCUUAUUUGUCCACCCUGCUUAUUACUUCCUUGAAGAACUCUAACAGAUAUGUCAGGCAAGAUUUCCCCGUACAGAAGCUAUGGUGGCUUUGACUGAUUUUAUUAUUAGUCUCCUUGUACCCCAAAUCCUCAUCUGUUAUAAUAGACUCCAACACUUUCCCAGCCACUGAGGUUAGGCUAAUUGGAUUAUAAUUUGCUUUCUUUUGCCUUCCUCCCUUCUCAAAGAGUGGAGUGACAUUUGCAAUCUCCCUGUCCUCCGGGACCAUGUCAGAAUCAAGCGAUUCUUUACAGGUCAUGACCAAUGGAUCUGUUAUCUCUUCAGCAACCUCUCUCAGGACUCUGGGAUGUCGUCCAUCUGGUCCAGGUGACUUAUCCACUUUAAGAACCUGAGUUUGCCAUGCAUGUUUUCCUUUGUGAUAGCAAUGGCACUCAAUCCUGCCCCCUGACACUCGCGAAUCCCUGGCACACUGCUGGUGUCUUCCACAGUGAAGACUGAUGCAAAGUACUUAUCAAGUUCAUCUGCCAUCUCUUCCUAAUUUCUACCCCAUGAGCAUCAUUUUCCAUUGGUUCGAUAUCAACUCUCGCCUCCCUUUCGCAGUUUUUAUAACUGGUUUAUAUUAGUGACUAGUUUGCACUCUUGUUUUACCUUUCCCCUUCAUAUAGCUGUUUUUUUAGUUGUCUGUAGUUGGAUUUUAAAAGCUACCCAUUUAUCUAACUUCCUACUCACUUUUGUUACCAUAUGUGCACUUUCUUUGGCUUUUAUACAUUCCUUAACUUCCAUUGUGAGUCACAGUAGCCGAGCCCCGCUGUUUGAGAACUACUUCUGAGGGACAUAUCUAUCCUGUACAUUAUGAACUAUUCCCCAAAACGUCAGCCAUUUCUGCUUUGGCAUCAUCCCCACCAGUAUCCUUUUCCAAUCCAGCUGGGGAAUCACCUCUCUCAUGGCUCUGUAAUUCCCUUUAUUUCAUUGUGAUACUGCACAUGUGACCUAUGCUUUUCCCUUGCAAAUAGCAGCAGAAUUCAAUCAUAUUUUGAUCACUGCUCUUUUGAUGGUUCCUUUACAUUACCCUCCCUAAUAAGAUCCUGGUUGUUACACAACACCCUAUACAAGACAACAAUCCCCCGAGUAGGCUCAACCAUCAGCUGCUCUAAAAAGCCAUUUCAUAAGCAUUCAAUACAUUCCUUCUCUUGUGAUUGGACACAAAUCUGUCUUUCCCAAUUCUCCUGCAGAUUGAAGCCACCCACUACAAUUGUAUCAUUAAAUUUAUUAAAUAAAUGACAAACAUUCAGGGGCAGAAGUGGGGAUACAUGCUUUUACCAAGGAGAGAAGGUGUUUUGGAAGCUGAAAGGCCUGAAGGUAGAUAAGACUCCUGGACCAGAAGGUGGAGACCCCAGGGUUCAGAAAGAGGUAGUUGAAGAGAUCGUGAAGGCAUUAGAGUCAUAGAACACUACAACACAGGAAAAUGCCAUUCAGCCAAUCUAGUCCGUGCCAAAGCAUUAAUCUGCCAAGUUCCAACAACUUCCCCCUGGACCAUAGCCCUCCAUAUCCUUAUCAUCCAUGGACCUAAACAAACUUCUCUUAAAGGUUGAAAUCGUCCCUGCCACUUGGUCUGGCAGCUCAUUGUACUCUCUCCCUGCCUCUGAAUGAAGAAGUUCCCGCUUUGCUUUCUCUUAAAGUAAUGAGUAAUGAUCUAUCAUGAAUCACUAGAUUUUGGAACGGUUCUGGCGGACUAGAAAGUUGCAAAUGUCACUCCACUCUUUAAGAAGAGAGGGAGGCAGAAGAAAGAAAAUUAUAGGACAGUUAGUCUGACCUCAAUGGUUAUGAAGAUGUUAGAGUGCAUUAAGGGUGAGUUUCUUGGGUGCUGUAAAUGCAACACUUGAUGAAGUAUGCCAAGGUCAGCAGAAUUACUUUAGAGGAAAUUGUGUCUGACAAAUCUCUUGGAAUACUUUGAGGAAAUAACAGGCAAGAUAGAUAAAGCAGAGGCAGUGGAUGUUGUUUGCUUGGAUUUUUAAAUUAUCUUUAAUAAGGUACCCCAUGCAAAGCUUAUUGAGUAAGUAAGGAGGCAUGGGGACGCUGCUUUGUGGAUCCAGAUUUGGCUUGCCCAAAGAAGGCAAAGAGUGGCUGUAGAUCAGUCAUAUUCUGCAUGGGGGUCGGUGACCAGUGUUGUACCUCAGGGAUCUGACCUGGGACCCCUAUUCUUCGUGGUUUUUAUAAAUGACCUGGAUGGGGAAGUGGAGGGAUGGGUUAGUAAAUUUGCUGAUGAAAGGAUGGUGUUGUGAAUCAUAUGGAGGGCUGUCAUAGGUUACAGCGGGAUAUAGAUAGAAUGCAGAACUGGGCUGAGAAGUGGCAAAUGGAGUUCAACCCAGAUAAGUUUCAAGUGAUUCAUUUUGUUAGGUCAAGUUUGAUGGCAGAAUAUAGCAUUAAUGGUAAGACUCUUGGCGUUGUGGAGAAUCAAAGGGAUCUUGGGGUCCGAGUCCAGAGGACACUCAAAGCUGUGCCGCAGGUUGACUCUGUGGUUAAGAAGGCAUACAGUGCAUUGGCCUUCUGUGGGAUUGUGCUUCAGAGCUGAGAGGUAAUUUUGCAGCUACAUGGGACCCUGGUCAGACCCAACUUGCUAAAUUCUGGUCGCCUCACUACAGGAAGGACGUGGAAACCAUAGAGAUGGUGCAGACACAAGGUUGUUGCCCAGCUUGGGGAGCAUGCCAUAUAAGAAUAGGUUGAGUGAACACGGCCUUUUCUCCUUGGAGUGACGGAGCAUAAGAGGUGAUCUGAUAGAGGUGUAAAAGAUGAUGAGAAGCAUUGAUUGCAUGGAUAGUCAGAGGCUUUUUCCCAGGGCUAAAAUGGCUAACACGAGAGAGCACAGUGUUAAGGUGCUUGGAAGUAGGUACAGAGGAGAGAUCAGCUAAGUUUUUUACGCAGACAGUAGUGAGUGCAUGGUUGAGGUGGUAAUGAUAAGGUCUUUUAAGAGUCUCCUGGAUAGGUACAUGGAGCUUGGAAAAUAGAGGACUAUGGGUAAGCCUAGGUAGUUCUGGGGUAAGGACAUGUUUGGCACAGCUAUGUGGGCCAAAGGGCCUGUAUUUAGUUGCAGGUUUUCUGUGUUUCUUAGGUGCUGCAUGUGAGGCUGCUUCACAAGAUCACAGCUCAUGGAAUUACAGGAAAGAUACUUGUAUGGAUCGAAGAGUGGCUGACUGACAAGGGAGAAAGAGUCAGAACAAUGUGGGCAAUUCUGUUUUGCUGUCGGUAACUAAUGGUGUUCUGUAGGGGUCAGUAUUGAGACCGCAUCUUUUCAUGUUAAAUCCGAAUGAUACGGCUGAUGAAAUUGAUACCUUGGUGGCGAACUUUGCAGUUGAUACAAAGAUAGGUACGGGACAGGUAGUUUAGAGCAAAGCGAGAGUCUGCAGAAGGACUUUGAUAGGUUUGGAGAUCAGGCAUCAAAGUAGCGGAUGAAAUACAGUGUAUGCAAGUGUCCGCUCCUGUACAAUUUGACAGAAUGAAUAAGGGCGUAGAAAAAAAAUAAAUGGGAGAAAAUUCAAAAAUCAGAGCUGCAUAUGUACUUCGGCAUCCUUGAGCAGGAGUCCUUAAAGGUUUGCUUGCAGAUUGAGUUGAUUAAGGAUGGCAACUGCAAGUUAGCAUAUAAGAGCAAGGAUGUGAUACUGUAGUUUUAUAAUGCAUUGGUUAUAUCACUGUUGGUGUGUUGUGAGCAGUUUCCGACCUUCUAUCUGAGAAAACGAUGUGCUCGUAUUGGAGCAGAUCCGGAGAAGCUUCACGAGAAUGAUUCCAGGAAUGAAAGGGUUAACGUAUCAGGAGCGUUAGACGGCUUUGACCCUGUAAAGAGAGGGGAUCUCAUUGAAACCUGUUAAAUACUGAAAGGCCUCGACAGAGUGGCUAUGAAGAAGAUGUGCCCUACACUGUGUGAGUCUGGGACCAGAGGCCAUGGCCUCAAUAUAUAGGGCAGAGAUGAGGAGGAAUUUCUGUAGUCAAGGAGAGGUAAAUCUUUGGAAUUCAUUACCGAGGAUGCUAAAGAGGCCAAGUUGUGUGUACUUUAAAUGGAUAUACAAAGACUAUGGGGAGAAGGCAGAAGAAUGAGGUUGAGAGAGAUUAUCAAUUGGACAUGAAUGAAUGACAGAGCAGACUCGAUUGUAUGAGCAACCUCUGUUUCAUAUUUCGUGGCCUGAAGAAGAGGCUAGUGAGGUUGCAUUAGUGAGCUGCCUCAGUCGUUAGUUAUUAGUUAUUUUCAUUUAGCACCCUCUGCUGGAGAUUUUGUAUUGCAGUCAUUUAGGUCAUGUGAUCUGUCUCUAGUUGAUGACAUCAUCAGUAGGUAUUUUAGCAGUUCUCAAUGUUGAGCUGUGGCAAACUUACGCCUUUUCAUCUGAUGUUAUCCUGACAUCCAGGCCUAUGAAAGCAUUGUCGGUAUGUCAAAGUAACCUUUGGCUUUAUCAAUUAUUGUGUAUAUGCAUAUUUUUACAAGUUAGAGAUAUUUGAAUGGUAUGUGUGCAGAUAAAAAUACAGAUGGAGUAUUAAUGUGGGCCACAUGUUCCUGCAGAACCAUUUAAUUUUAAAUAGUAUUAUUUUUGUAGGCCUCUUUGGUAAUGGCAUCAUUUUCUUUGGAGUAUCAUUGCCAUUGUUUUAAAUUUUGUUUUUAGGAAUGCUUUUAAAGUUUAUGGAAUGCUGGGUAAGCAAGGACCCAUAUAAGCAAUAGGCAUCAUUGUGAUUUAAUCAUUUAAGGUUGAAAGGGAUGAUAUUUGUAAAGGUUAAAUUCCUCUGUGUAAAUAUUAAAUGUUGUAGCUGUUUUUAACAAGUAUUAAAGUAAAACUUUUUUGAGCACUUUCAGUAACUGUAGGUAACUGUUUGCUAUGGGGGUAAAUUGUGAGCAUGCUUAUAGCACAGAAUGCAUUGGUGCCUCAAGAAAUAGAGGUUCAUGCUGGGAUAUUUGCACAUGAACGUUGUUAAUUAGCUGCUAAUUGGAGCUCAGAACAAAGUAAAUGUAAUUAUUCACAAAAUGUAGAAAGUUCCAGAGCAUUUGGCAACUAAUGUUUAAGAUAUAGCUACAUAUAAAGCAGUUUUCUCAAUAUCUGUGGGCAGCCAUGGCUUACAUUCUCUUGAUUCCAGAAUGCUAUGGCAAUUGUUAGUCUGUUUUGACUGCUUUAGUAACAACAUACACACGUAUUGCAUUGAGAAUGAAAUCACUCGUUAAAUUACUUUAUUGACCAUUAAGUUGAAUCCUGAUAAUACUUAAACCUGGCUAGCUUGUAGUGAGAAAAUGUGCAGAAGAUACAUUGUAUAGGGAAACAUCAUGGUUACCAGUAGCCUAUCUUUAUGCUACAUUUAGAACUUAUCUGUAUACCGUAUCUUGUGUAUUAUCUUGUAUCAUUUGUGGUAUACUUAAUACUUGUACUUACCGUAAUGGAAUUUGGACGCUUUUUGACUCUGUUUUCCUGUCAGUUUUACCCUACCACUAGUUGCUACAUUAAAAAAAGGUCAACAAAAAAAGAAAACCUUCGUCAGCGUAUUAAUUGGGAAUGGAGAUUAUCUGCCUGUCAAUUCACCCAAGGUGUUUGAAGAGGACAGGAAAAAAAGGGUUAGGUUAUUGUUAGGGUAUCCAUGCCUGGAUUAUUGUAUUCAGUUUUGGUUGUUCUGUUGUAGGAGACAGGAUGUCAAGCUGGAAUGAGUGCAGAGGAGAUUUACAAGAAUGGUGCUGGUACUUCAGGGACGGAGUUGGACCUUUUGAUAGCUAUAGAUGCAUAACACUGUU